AACAUGCCUGCGGUCAGCAACAGCACUUACGGCUCACCUUCAUGUUAUUGCCAGUGACUAUGCUGGCAACUGCACGCACUUUGGUGGCUUAUAAAACGCCCGUUUCCUGCCUGCAAGAACAGUUCAGUCUACAGCCUGCCUGAAGAAACAACACAUUUCGAGUCUACACGAUGUUGCGCCUUCGCUUCGUCGUCCUUCUCGCUGCCUGCGUCGUGGCAGCCAUGGCGAGCCACAAGUGCUCUCGUUACUGCCAGACUCCGACGAACGCUCUCGUGUGUUGUGAUCCCCGCCUCCCCCCCGCUGCCCCGACCCCGCUCCCUGCUACGACUUCUUCGACGGCAACUUCCCCUACUGCUACCACGACGACCAGUGUCCACCGGGCCAGAAGUGCUGCACAGACGGCUGUUCUCAAAGGAAAGUCUGUGUGCCCGUCUGAGUCAUGCCCCAGCGAGUGCAUGGCGCAUGACACGAACUCUGAACCGACUGUUGAAGAACUGCGUGCAUGACCAUUUAUCUUUUUCUUAUUUGCGUUCAUUCUUCUCUUUGUCAUUUCCUCCUGUGGAUGUCACGAAGAACUUUCUUCUAAUGGUUUACCAUCUCAUUUCAUGUUUCAUUUGACUAAUAAACUUGGAUUGGAAUUUGG